AUGUCCAAUGUGGACCUGGGGAUUGAGGGGCAGCCUAUAGAAGGAACUGCUCCAGCAGUGGCGAUUCCGGAGACUACUUCUCAGUCGGCAUCUAGAGAUCAGCCGACUCUGGAGCAGGGUAAUAUGUCAAUAGAGAAGUAUGAAGUGGAGUUCACACGAUUAUCCAGGUUUGUUCCUCAUAUGGAUGCUACUGAGAAAGAAAAGACAGAUCUCUUUAUCCUUGAUGCUGCCACCCUGGAGAGUAAUCGGGGUUUCAACGGUCAGAAACGACCAAAUAUCUAUGAUUAUGACAUUAUUUCGGGCAUGGAUUGGCUAUAUGUUCAUCAUGCCAGUAUCGAUUGUUAUAAGAAGGAGAUAGUUUCACCUCCUGAUGGGAAAGAGCUUCCGGUUUCAGGUUACGAAGCCGGGAAGGGUUCAUACGACCUAGUGUGUCACCGUGGGGAGCUCGUGUUGUUUGUGAAGAAGAAGGACGGUACACUCCGUCUCUAUACUGAUUAUAGGGAGCUGAAUAAGGUGACCAUUAAAAAUAAGUAUCCCUUGCCGCGAAUUGAUGACUUGUUUGACCAGCUUCAAGGGGCAGCGGUAUUUUCGAAGAUUGACCUUCGUUCUGGUUAUCACCAGAUAAGAGUCAAAGAAGAUGACGUACCGAAGACAGUUUUUCGUACUCGGUAUGGGCAUUAUGAGCUUGUUGUGAUGUCCUUUGGCUUGACUAAUGCCCCUGCAGUGUUUAUGGAGCUGAUGAAUCGGACAAACGAUGAACAUGCAGAACAUUUGAGGAAGGUUUUGUUGGUUCUACGUAAACAAAGAUUAUAUGCCAAGUUCUCAAAAUGCCAGUUUUGGCUUCAAAAGCUGGAGCAGGGUAAUAUGUCAAUAGAGAAGUAUGAAGUGGAGUUCACACGAUUAUCCAGGUUUGUUCCUCAUAUGGAUGCUACUGAGAAAGAAAAGAUAGAUCUCUUUAUCCUUGGUUUGAGGACAGAGAUGUAG